GGCUUGCUCGAGUAGCGUCCAGGCUGUUGCGGCUCCGCUAUAUCGUCCUAGGUUCUGCGGUGGGUGGUGGCUACACGGCCCAAAAGACGUAUAACCAGUGGAAGGAUGCUCUGCCUGACCUCAGCGAAUAUAAAUGGAUUAUUCCUGACUUCCUGUGGGAAAUGGAUGAAUACAUUGAUUUCGAAAAACUUAAAAAGGCUCUUCCAGAUUCUGAAGAGCUGGCAAAACUAAUGCCCGACUUCCACAAGAUCAGCGAGAGCAUCAGUUCCUUGUCCAGUUUCUUCACACCUGGUUACAAUUUGGUUAAUGAAGUCAUAGGAGCUUCUGAUCUACUUCUAUUGUUAGGUUCUUCCGGUGAUACAUCGUUCAGAGCCACAGACCAGGGAUACGAGAAUGAGAAGCAGCACAAGAAGAACUGGACAAGGGCAUAGGCAACAUUGUGCAUGUGUGAAGCAGCACAUCAUCUCACGUUUUCUGCCUGUGUAUCGCACAGUGAAUAUUUUCUUCGUGGCAGCAGCAUCAGGGAUUUUCUACCCCAACAGCAGCAGAGGAGGGAAGGUGUGUUUCUGAGCAGCGAGGGUCUUCUUGGACUGAUACGUUGAAAAACUCCAUAGAAGAAAACUGCCUGGUGGGGGGAACUCAGCAGGAAGGAGGGUGGUUUUUGAUGAAGCCUGUUUCGCUGUGGCGUGACCGUCCCUCCUGCUCCCCUCCCUCCCUGGAGAAGUGCCCCUGGGUUGGAAUGGCAGUGGAAGAGAGGGGGCUGCUUAACUAUCCCGGAGAGGGCCGAACUCCAGAACGCUCCCUUCCCUAAAGAAGGCAGCCUUUGAGGCUGGUGGUGCCAACUCAGCAUGCGUCCGACUGCACUUUGCAGUGCCACCCCAUUUUUGCCAGACCCCUUUGUGUCGCUGGCCUUGGGGGCUUCUGUCUGGGGAAGGAAGGCUUUACUGGCCCUCCUGGAAGCCUGUGCGCAAAACCACACCUUUCACAAUGGUGUUAAUAUUUGACCCGGUAGGAAACAAGAAUGCUAAUGAAAGACUGCCUCUGGUUGGUCCAGAACGUUUUUGAGAGCACUAAGGAUGGGUAAAUUUCAUUUAUCAGCCAUCCGGUUGCAACUCAUCUCCCAGAACAUGCAUUCAAAUCUUACCCAUCAUUUCUGCUUCUUUGCGUUCCUGUGCCCUGGUCACAGCAGUUCUAAAGCGAUUCUCUAGUUGUGUGGCUAGAAAGGGCACUCAAAGAAAUGAAAGUUGCCCAUAUUUGCACAGAUUGUGCCAACUGUGCGGGUGUUAUAUGUACAUCUGCAGCAUAACUGAAUUGGCAGUGAGAUGAACACGUUUGGAAUAUUCUGUCCUGCAAGAUUUUAAC